UUUUUCUUAUUUUCCAUUUCCUUAUUAUACUUCUUUAAAUUUGGUGGUCGCCUUAAAUCUGAUCUAAAUGAACACUAAUUAUUUCUCAUGUUACCCUGUACAUAAAAACUUGUCGACCUUGACAAGAAAUCCCUGACGUUUGAAUUUUCAAAUUAACGGUUUUAUUUAACCCACCAAAACGGCCACAAAUUGACAAAUCUGUUUGUGUUGAUAAGUGUAUCGCCUUUGCAGUCAUAUUUGGCUUUAUUUCGUUAUGAUAAAUCCAGUGUUCUCGGGAUAUAAUUUACAUGACAGUUCUGUUAUCUCUUUUUUUUGCUUAUAAAAUGUGAGUGGCCAUUUGGUUUUAUGUUGAGACUACACUUGCAAAACAACUUCAAAAUGGUGAAAAACAAGCGAGAUCUAAAAUCACCCGGACGAAAUCGAUCGCUUCUUGGUACUCGACCUCGUUCAAGGCAAAGCAUCACAGGAAAAUCGGCUGCGGGAGGUAACAUUCGGGUGGUAAUUCGAGUGAGACCUUUUAGUGAACGUGAAAACUGCAGCAAUCACAAAAAUGUCAUUAAAAUUGUGGACGAGCAUGCACUCGUCUUUGAUCCGAAAGAAGACGAAGAACCUUUCUUUUAUCAUGGCGUACAGCAACGCAAUCGAGACAUCAUGAAACGGGCAAAUAAGCAUUUGAAUUUCACAUUUGACCACGUAUUCGGAGACUCCACAAAUAAUGAAGACGUUUUUGAAGUCAGUACAAAAACGUUAAUAGGCAAUUUAAUGAAAGGUUACAACUGCUCUGUCUUUGUGUACGGUGCGACCGGUGCCGGUAAAACACAUACCAUGUUGGGAUGUAACACGGAUCCUGGCAUAACAUUUUUGACCAUGUUGGAGUUAUUUAAGCAAAAGGAGGAAUUACACGAAGAGCGAGAGUUUGAGAUUGGUAUGACGUACCUGGAAGUGUAUAAUGAAACCGUUCAAGAUUUACUAAACCCCGGCCCUGCCCUUUCGUUACGUGAAGAUAAUAAGUACGGCGUCGUGGUCGCCGGAAUUAAAAUGCACCGAAUCGAGGCAUCCGACACUCUCUUUGAGCUACUAGAACAGGGCAAUCGGAACCGCACGCAGCAUCCGACAGAUGCCAACGCCGAGAGCUCUCGCUCGCAUGCAGUGUUUCAAGUCUACGUCAAAAUGAAAUUUAAGACAACGGGCGAAGUGCGUGUCGCAAAACUCAGUAUGAUAGAUCUGGCAGGAAGCGAGAGGGGAGCGGCGACCGGUUACUCGGGCGCACGUUUCACCGAAGGGGCGAAUAUAAACAAGUCUCUACUGGCGUUAGGAAAUUGUAUUAAUAGUCUCGCCGACGGGCACAGGCACGUUCCUUAUCGAGAUUCGAAGCUAACUAGGUUACUCAAGGAUUCGCUCGGCGGAAACUGUCAAACCGUAAUGAUCGCGAAUAUCUCGCCCAGUUCGCACAACUACGAAGAUACGUAUAAUACAUUGAAGUACGCGAUGAGGGCGAAAAAGAUUAAGUCGACAAUUAAGAAGAACGUCGUGAACUGCGAGUCAAAUCUCAAUCACUACAUACAGCUGGUCGAGCAGUUGAAUAAAGAGAUUAAGGAAUUGAAAGUAAAG